AUGGAGCUUGAUGGCCUCAUCAAGGUCAGACAAGGCGCCCCACUACUCAAAUAUAGCUUGAAGACUGUUGGCAAGAAUGGUCUGGAGAGGCUGUCUGUUGGCAAGGUGGUGGAGAGAAUUGAAUCAAUCGGGGUGACCAGGAGGAGCAAACACCAGUACAGCUCGAUGGAGCUUGAGGGCCUCAUCCAGAUCAGACAAUGUGCCCUGCUGCUUGAAUCUGUCAUGGAGGCUGUCAGAAAGUUUCUUCAGAGACGUAUAUCAAUUGAAAUGAUCAGGGGGACAGAGCGCCAGUGCAACUUGAUGGUGCUUGAUGGCCUCAUCAAGGUUGAACAUAAUGUCGUGCUCCUCGCAUCCAUUUUAAAAGUCAUUUGCAAAGUGACAAAGCUGUUCUACAGAGACAGAUUGCAAUUCACCCAUAAUACUAUUGAGUGUCUCACUGAUAAGUGCAAAAUCAAUUGA